AUGCAGCUAAGAAUCCAGACGGGCACUGUAGGUGAUGUCCUCGGAAAAUGUGAGGAGAUUAAGGUGCCUGAAGUGGUCUGGCUCAUUAAUUCCUUGGACGAGGACGGCGAAUUGGCCUUGUUCGAAAACUUGAAAGAUGAUGAUGACAUGUUCGCAGGCCUGAACGAGACUCUGGCAAGUCUGUCACAGUGUUUCGAAGAGCAGACGCGCCGGACAAAGGCCCAGAUUGCAGGCAGCAAGCUGGCCAGUAUAUCAAGUAGCAAGAAGGAUAUACUUCUAGUAGCGAGGGAAACCGACCAAUGA